AGAGAAAGAGGAACCAGAUGAGGUCAAUGUUUACUCAUCAAGUGUGAAAAUGAAACAAGACUUGGAUGAGGAUGUGAAUCAAGAGUUUGUUGAAGAUCCGCUAAUGACUGAAAAUCCUAGUCUGAAAAUAAAGCAAGACCCAGACUUGAAACACAAUGUCAGUGGCUCUGGACAUGAUAAUUCUAUGAAUGUGCAUCUCAGCACCAUACUGGAAGCCAAGAGAGAAUGCUACAAACCACUCCCACUGUACACACUGGUGCCCAAGAAGGAGCUGCUUCUUGGCGAUCCAUUGGGAAUCUCUUGGCCCACUGAUUAUAUCAAGGAGGAUCCCAAACUUAAUUUAGAAGUGGAUGAAACCGAGAAUAUUGUGUCAGUCUCAGCAAGGAAUGUAUCUACUACUACAAGAUGAUGAAGGCUGAACCAAAGAUAUAGCAUCAGGAUGAUUUUCAAAGAGGUGGCUAUGAUUAUCAAUAUGUGAUGUCCAGCAGAUGACCUACCAUAGAUGUACUGGGCAGUUGUUUACCAUGGAGAUGGAAGACACUGAUCUUGGGCAGUUUCUAUUGAAGCAACCACAAAUACUGAUAACUACACACGUAGGGGUAAUAUUGGAUAAUGCCACGUACAUACAAAAGGAAGCAUGGUGUGAAGCGUGAUGCUCUUCUGAGGCACAAUUAUGAUCCAGGAAAUCUUAAAAAAGUGGUUGCUGCUGUAAGACUAGAAAAACUAUCGUACAGAAAGAUGUCAAGGAAGUUUGAUGUACCAUGUUCAAUGUUACAGAAUAAAGUUCAUAAUAAAAACUCUCUAAUGAUUGGAAGGCCUUUUUUCUUAAGUACGACUGAAGAGAACACACUUGUCCAUGGUAUUUUAGGGGCUGCACAUUGGGGUUUUCCUUUUACCUCUGAUGAUGUUAGGUACAUAGUGAAAGGAUGUCUUGAUAAAUGUGGAUGAAGGGAAAAAUGCUUUCCUUGUAACAUGCCAGGGAUUGAGUGGUUGUGUUCAUUCUUACAGCAUCACCCAGCCAUAUUAAGUGUCCUGUUAUCUGGCAACAUUAGAAGGCAACAUGCUGAAGUGAGUUAUGAGACAGUGAAAUCAUAUUCCCAGAAUGUUCGUGAAAAAAUGGAAAAUAUUGAUCCUAAAAAUGUGUUCAGUUCAGACAAGACCAAUCUGUGUGAAG